GGCCGCGGGGCGUGCGGGCGGUGGAGCAGUAAAGAUGGCAGCGCGCGGGUCUCCGCCCUCCGCUCCCGGCUGAGGCGCUGGGAGGCGGCAGCGGCGGCGGCCCUGGAGCGGCAGCGGCGAUGGCGGAGCUGGAGCACCUGGGCGGGAAGCGGGCCGAGUCGGCGCGGGCGCGGCGGGCCGAGCAGCUGCGGCGCUGGCGGGGCUCGCUGACGGAACAGGAGCCCGCCGACCGGCCGGGCGCGGGGCGGCCGCCGCAGACUCGGCGCGGGGGCCCGCGGGUCCGCUUCGAGGACGGCGCCGUGUUCCUGGCCGCCUGCUCCAGCGGAGACACCGACGAGGUGCGGCGGCUUCUGACCCGGGGCGCCGACGUGGACACGGCCAACGUGGACGGCCUGACAGCCCUGCACCAGGCUUGUAUUGAUGAAAAUUUGGACAUGGUGAAGUUUCUGGUGGAGAACGGGGCCAGCGUCAACCAGCAGGACAACGAGGGCUGGACGCCGCUUCACGCCGCGGCUUCCUGCGGCUACCUCAACAUAGCGGAGUAUUUCAUUAACCAUGGAGCCAGUGUGGGCAUUGUGAACAGCGAGGGUGAAGUCCCCUCUGACCUCGCGGAAGAGCCGGCUGUGAAGGACCUUCUUCUGGAGCACGUGAGGAAGCAAGGGGUGGACCUGGAGCAGUCGAGGAAGGAGGAGGAACAGCAGAUGCUGCAGGACGCCCGCCAGUGGCUCAACCGUGGGAAGAUCGAGGAUGUGCGGCAGCCUCGCUCUGGAGCCACUGCCCUCCAUGUGGCCGCUGCCAAGGGCUACUCUGAAGUCCUCAGACUGCUGAUCCAGGCUGGCUACGAGCUCAACGUUCAGGACCAUGAUGGCUGGACGCCCCUCCACGCUGCUGCGCACUGGGGCGUGAGGGAAGCCUGUUCCAUCCUGGCGGAGGCGCUCUGUGACAUGGAUGCCAGGAACAAGCUGGGCCAGACGCCAUUCGACGUGGCCGAUGAGGGUCUUGUGGGACACCUGGAGACACUCCAGAAGAAGCAGAGUGUGCUUCGCAGUGAGAAGGAGACACGGAACAAGCUUAUCGAGUCAGACCUGAACAGCACGCUGCAGAGUGGCCUCUUUAAGAACAAAGAGAAGAUUCUCUAUGAGGAGGAGACCCCCAAGUCCCGAGAAACGGAGGAAGAAGGCAAAGAGUCCAGCAGCUCCAGCUCAGAGGAGGAGGGUGAAGACCAAGCUUCUGAGUCAGAAACUGAGAAGGAGGCGGGUGACGCUGAGACCCUCCAUCCCCCGAGCGCGGGAGGUCACUGCUCGUCAGAAGAUAAAAAGCCAGACGCCAUCAUCAGCCACUCCAGCUCUGAAAGCAGGAGCAGUGUCUCGGAGCAGACGCCAGCAUCAGCACAGAGCGCCUUCUCCGCCUCUGCAGCUCGGAGGGUGAGCACGGGGCUCUCCAGCCUCUUCCCCAAGCCUGAGGCGCCCAGGGAUGAGUCUCCUUCCUCGUGGAGACUGGGGCUCAGGAAGACGGGCAGCCACAACAUGCUGAGCGAGGCGGCCAGCUCCCGGGACGCCCUGCGGGACCGAGGACCCUCCGUGCACCGCUCGGCCUCCAGCCCUCGUGUCUCCGCCCUGCUGGACAACAGGGAUAAGGAGAGAGAGAACAGAAGCCACUUCAGCUCACUGGCACCCCGGAGGCUCAGCGGCACAAGGGACCCUGAGGGAAAGGAGAACAGCCCAUCGUUGGGGCUGAUCUGUGAGGCGUCCUCAGUGAGGAACGGGAGUCGCUUCUUCUUACAGAAGGGCUGCGGAUCUUUGACAGAGUCGGCCGCUAACCUGGUGAGGAGCGGGCCCUGUGCCCGGCAGGCGUGGAGGGACGAAACAGAGGGAAACGAAGCUCCCUGGACAGCUGCUUCCCCCUCCUGCGUGUCAGCCUACCUGAGAAGGGCUCCGUACAAACCCCGGGCUGACACGGCAGCAGAGAAGACCGCAGACGGCGUCCCCCUCAGCACCCCGCUCUGUGUGAUCACUAACCGCCCCCCACCCAGCUCUGCCAGUGGGGUUACAGCUGCCACUCUGCUCCCUGCUCCGGGGACGGACUCCUCUGCGGAAGCCAGGGAGAGGAGGAGGUCGUACCUGACUCCCGUGCGGGAUGAAGAAGCUGAGUCCUUGCGGAAAGCGCGCUCCCGACAGGCGCGGCAGACACGGAGGUCUACUCAGGGCGUGACGCUCACCGAUCUCCAGGAGGCAGAGAGGACGCUCAGCCAGUCGCGGGCAGAGCGUCAGGCUCCCGAGCCGCCUGGCCCGAAGCCCACGGUCCCCGGGGGCCUUGAGAGCAGCGCCCAGGAGCAGGAGGCAGCGGAGGGCCCGCAGCCCUGGGGCCGGGGUCUGGACGCAGAGCCUGUCUGUCGUCGCCUGAGGUGUCCAGCUCAGCCCGACAAGCCCACGAUGCCAGCGUCGUCCUCUGAGGCCCGACCCUCUCUCUGCACUGGUUCCCCUCUGCUCCGGAUGAGCAGACCUUCCGACCCAGGUCCUGGGAGUUCAGAGAUGACUGCGGACGCUGCGACGGCAAAGGAGAGGGACAGAAAUGAGGGUGAGGAGGCAGAGUUGGAUGACGCGUCCUCCCACAGGCUGACCGUCCGUGAGAGGAGGCGGCCCAGGGAACGCCGGAGAGGCACGGGCAUCAAUUUCUGGACACAGGAUGAGGACGGAGCCGACGUCUCUGACGAGGUGAAGGCGAUGUGGCAUGAGAGGCUCUCUAGGUUGGAAUCAGGAGGUAGUAACCCCGCGGCCAGCGACUCUUACGGUGACCGGGCAUCCGCACGAGCGCGCCGGGAGGCCCGGGAGGCCCGUCUCGCCACCCUGACCAGCCGCGUGGAGGAGGACGGCCACAGGGACUACAGGAAGCUCUACGAGGGCGCCCUGACCGAAAACCAGAAGUUGAAGGCGAAACUUCAGGAGGCCCAGCUGGAGCUCGCGGAUGUGAGAUGCAAGCUUGAGAAGGUGGCCCAGCAAAAACAGGAGAAGACCUCAGACCGGACAUCGGUGCUGGAGACAGAGAAGCGGGAGAGGCGAGCCUUGGAGCGGAAGAUGUCAGAGAUGGAAGAGGAGAUGAAGAACCUCCAUCAGCUAAAACAGAUUCAGACCUUGAAGCAGAUGAACGAGCAGCUGCAGGCUGAGAACAGGGCCCUGACCCGAGUCGUGGCCAGGCUCUCGGAGUCCGUCGAGUGCUCGGAACCCCAGGGGCUCUAGUCCUGCCCCUUCUCCACCUCACUCCCCUCCUCCACGCCAGGUCCUGACGGAACUGAAGUCUGACAACCAGAGGCUGAAGGAUGAGAACGGCGCCCUCAUCAGAGUCAUCAGCAAAUUGUCCAAAUAGACGUGGCUCUGGCUUGGAGGAAGAGGACAGCUCGCCGCCCCCGCCUCUCCUCCAGCGAGAGAAGCGGUGUUUGCUGGAGGCCCUGGCUCUGGCCCCUCCAGGCGCCGCCUCUGCCCUGUCAGUGCCCCGCCCUCCAGCCCCCGCCAGGUCUGAGCAGUUUCAGUGGACCCCAGUUGCGGUCCCUUGGGCUGGAGGGUCCGUCCUGUGUGAAGGAUCCCCGCACCUGCUGCCAGCCCCUCGUCCACGUCGGAUUUGGUCCAGAUGUGCUGGGCCUCUGCCUGGACCAGUAGCCCAGCCCUACGCUGUCCCCGUGGGCCCCCACGGGGACCCUGUCCAGGAGGCAGGAGGAGCCCCGGCACUGGGACACGUCCGGCCGCCUUCGAGCCGCUUGUGGUAGAUCCCAAGGUGACAGUGACUCUGCACUGGGGUCCUCUCAGGAACUGACUUCUCUAGCUCCCCGCUGCUGCCGGUGGUGACACCCAGGUGGUCUUAACGCCCUCUCCCCAGGGCGCGGGGAACCCUGGGCCCUUUCUGUCCUUUCUCCAUAAUGCCCCAGCCCGCGUGCCGCGUGGUGUAGACCUGGGUCAGCCCCUGAUCCUGGCUCUUGGCCUUGGAGGCCGCCGGCCUCUCCCUGCGAUGCAGCUGCCCCCUCAUCUCACACGAGUUUCCUCAUGAGAAAGUCUGCUCUCUGCACACCCACCGCCCCGCCUCCCCCGACCUCCUCCUGCUCCGGCGGAGAAACCACGCCAUUGCAGGAGGCGUGGAGGUGGGCGUGGGGGGCAGGGGUGCACUGGGUGGAGGGAGGUCCGAGGCCACUGCACCCUCAUGACAAGAAACGGGGGAUGAGAGCCGCUGUGCUUGAGGGUGGCUGUGACCUUGGUGACUCUGGGGCGGGAUCUAGGGGAGAGGUGCUUGUCUUCUGAGACACCAGCGGGAGAAGUGACUUCACAACAGAGGGUUAAAAGGAUGAGUCACUUUAAACCCCUCAGUGAGUCGCGGAGGCCUGGCGUGGGGAGGCCUGGGGUCCUGGGGAAGCCCUGCCCCUCGACCCCGGCCAGGUAGCCUCUGUCAGCUGUGCACGUAUUCCUCGAGAGCUGGGCCACUCUGGUAGUGGAAAGGGUUCCUCACGUGCCAUGGAGCCUUCCGUGGACUCGGCUGACUGUCCGGGGUUCCUCUAGCACGGCAGCCUCGUGGGCCUGGGCGGUUGCUGACCCGUGGUCUCCUUCCAGGGGACACCCCAUCCUGUGAAUCGUUGCCCACGUGUCUUUCACGCCUGUCCCAUCUCGCUGUCCUCCUCUGAACAAAAUCCACCUUUUAAAAUUAGUAUUGGACAGACAACUCCUUUGGUCCAGCCGAAGUUCAAUCACUAGUUCUUGGCGAUGAUCCAGCAUUAAUACGUAAGCACCUGCUCGUGGUGGGAGCUUUAUUCCAUGGUUGGUUUGUCUUGAGUGUGCAGGUCACGUUAGGGUUGCUGGUGACAUUCAGGGUGUAGUGGUCUGUUCUCAGUACACACUACCUCUGUCUGUUUUUUCUCUCUGGAAAAUGAAAUGUUCUCCGUGGCCCUCAGAAGAAGCUAUAAUCCAAGGUCCCAAACCCAGAGCAGGGAACACGUCUCCUCUGGCAAAACCCCUUUUCCUAGAGUACCCACCCUCUUCCACGUCCAGCCGUUAUCUAACGGAAGUGACGGCCGGUGAGGCUUUGUGCUGUCUCGGGGACGCUGAUGAGACUGAAGUUCGAACCUUGCAUCACAAGCGUCUGCUCCGUCCUGGGUGUUGGGGCAGGACUGCUGUGCCUGCUGCCUCUUUCUCAGGAAAAGAAAAUCAACUUGCUAGAAAGCACUUUGACCCUCUUGCGUAGACAGGCGAGGCGAGGGGCUGCAGGGAGCUCCCCGGCUCGGUCGGUGCCUUUCAGGAGUGUGGGCGGCUCCAGAGCCCGGCGGGCACGUCCUGCGCGCCCGCAGCCUUCUGUCACACAGGCCUUCCCCUCAGGACCGCUGGGCUCUGGCUGGAGCUCAGCACGGUGUAAACCCUCCCACGACCUCAGGAGCUCUCUCGUAUGCAAUUCACUUUGUUAGGUGGACUCUGAACUCCGUCUCUUCCAGAGGCUACGGUCCCGUUUCUUCAAGCUGUGCUGCGGCAGGGGCGGUGGGCCUGGUGGCAGCCCACCUGGUCACCGCAGGUCUGGCUGGGGGCAUCAGCGUCGGGUGGAGGGUCCUGCUCGUUGGUUCGCUGCACCUGUGGGAGUGAGGACCUGCCAUUCCCGAGCAUCUCUGGCCUGAGCUUCGGCUCCGUGUCUUCCAAGGCCGCUUCUCCUUCCCUGGGGCUCCUGGGCAUGAGGACCCCAGCCCCAGGCUCGGCCGAUCGGGGCCCUGACUCUGCUGGGCAGUCUCGUCUGGACCCCAGAGCCUCCCACCCGCCUCCCCUUCCUGCCCGCGGGCAUGUGCUCUCCUAGGGCCUCCUGGGCCUCUCCCGCACGCACUCCUUGUCUGAGGCCAAGAUGCACGUGUCUCGGCAGCCUCUGGUGGGGGAGGGCUCAGGUUUCUGCUGGGGGUCCUUUGACCCACUCCCCUGCCCUGAUCAGACGUGUGUUUGUUAGCUCUGCUCAGGGAGGGAGGAGGCGUGGGCCCCACAGAGGCGCGUGGACUCCUAUUCCUGCGCCAGGGCCUUUACUGGAGCAGAACUGAGAGCAGCAGGUUGAGGAGCCGGGCACUUGAUUCCGUCUCUGGAUGUCGGGCCCUGGUGCAGCCUCUCACCGCCAAAACAGACACGAGAAGGGCCAACAUUUCAGCCAGGCCAUGGGGCAGAGGGUCCCAGCUGCUGGCCCUUGUUGCAAGGUGGCCACGGGGCGGCACUGCAGUUACUCAGCUUUGCACCUUGAAAGGGAGAGUGUCAGCUGAGCCAAGAGGGGGUUCCUGGUCCCGCUGGAUGAGCACGGGGCCCUGGUGUCCUUCCCUCCCUGACCCGGUCGUCAGUCACAAGAGGUCCUAGGCCCAGCUGCUUCUGCAGAUCUUGGUCCCCGUGCUGGUUUUUAAGUCAGGUUUCAGCACCUCAGAGGACGUGAGCCCCUGACCCAGUAAGCGAGGCAGUGUGGAGGGACCCAGCGGUCAGAACGUCUGGGUUCCCUGGGCUCCAGCGCGUGGCCUGUCUGAAGUGAGGCUGGGAUGGGCACCCCGCCCCUCUGUGCUUGAAACUCUGAUUCGUUUAUUCCUGGGAGAUGAGAACAUUCUCAGACUCAGAAGUUUUGCUCUUUCUAAGUUUAAGAAUUCUUGUUUUCUUCUCGACUCAAACUGAGAGCAUGUCGGGUUGGAGGGUGGACUCGGUGCCGGGUCACCACUCUCCUCCCGAGGGCUGGGUGGGUGCAGGAGCGCAGAGGCCAGAGGAGGUGGACACGGGCAGGAACCGGUUUGUGGGGUGGGGAGAGCUGCUGCCUCGUGUCCUGCAUGCCUCUCCUGGGCCACGUCGAGUGUGGGCACGCGGCUCCGGGUGUCCAGACUGCAGGCGUUGUUUCUCUAUCCGGCCGGCUCAGUCUCAGGUCUGCCCUGAGCAGCAGGAGCACCUCCCCUGAUGGAAGCCCCACCUGUGUCCUGCUGAUCCGUCAGAUCUGGACCUGGGCUGUCGGCAACGGGAGGUCUCCCCUAGCCGGCCUGCAGUGGAGGCACCGGGGCCCUGAGUUCACACCUCCGAGCCCACGCAGCCGAGUUGCGUAGGUCAGCACCCAGCUCUGGACGGGUGGCAGCGCCGGUGGCUCUGGACGUGGGAAGAGGCCCAGCUGUGAGCGCUGGCGGACGAAGGUUGGGGCCUGGGGUGGGGGCUGCCUCACGGGUGACUUGGUCCGCUCCCCCGGGUGUCUCCGGAGCAGCAGGGCCUGUCAGUGACUGCUGUUGACCACGCGCUGGUGAGACUGGAAAGUAGGUCCGCUUCACUGUGGCCCAGGAGCUGUGUCGGCAUCGCUCUGUGAGGGCUGUGGUUGGUCGUCAGGUUGAAGCAGGUGCCCAGGAGCUGAAGGCAGACUCCCGACCCCCAGGGCUGUUCCGGUCUCACUUGGAGGCCACCCUGCUCCCAGCCCAUGUGCGCACACACGCUGGCUGGCCCGAGAUUUCAGAGCACGGUUGGGCGUGUUCCUGAUGGCCCAGUUCUGUCCACGCGUGUUCUGUUAAGCCCUCUCUUUGCCCGCCCCCAGCCCCCCACCCCAGCCGGCUCCUCUCUGAGCUGCUUUGAUUAGCCUGCUUUUCCUGGCACUCCCAGUAAGCCUUCCCGUGGGUAGCCCUGGGAGGUGACAUCAGGGUGCUCGCACGUCCCCUGAAAUAAAACACACCUUCACCCUCCCCCUGCUCCUUGUCUGCCCCCACGUGUUUCCCCCUUUCCUCACUUAGAGAGGAGGGGAGGCGUCCUCACAUCAGCCUGGUUCCUGGAGGAGCACAGACUGCUCUUCCAGGUCCAGAGCUCCCUGGCUGUGAGGCCUGGCCAUGGUCCACUCGGCCCCCUUUCCAGUCAGAGACAGGCUGGGUCUCCUCGGGAGAGCAGCUCAACCCAUCAGUGGGUCUGGGGAGGCAGCUCAGCCAGCGCUGCCUCGCAGGAGCGGAUUCGGGGAAGGCCUCCAUGGGGGUGUGCGCGGGUCCUGGACAUGAGACAGGCUGGGUGCCAGCUCCCCUGGAAGUGCUGACUGCCCCAGGACCCUGGGGGGUGGGCUGCAGGGGUGGGAGGGCCCCUUGGGCCCCUGGAAGGCUGAGGCUGCCCCCUGGCUGGCACCCAGGUCAAGGAGGGAGGGACUCUGCCCCAUCCCAUGGGGGAGACGCCUGUUGCCUGUUCUCGUGGUUGACUCAGGCCACAGCUUCCUGGUCCCUCCCUCCGCCCCCACCCCCAUCGCCUUGAUCUGCGGGGAAGAGCUCUUGGGAGCUACCUGGGGGUCUCCAUUCCCCGCUACAGGGCAGCAUUUAUCUCCGGCCACGUCGCCCCUCCCCCGGGCCUGACGUCCUGCCCUGAAAGCACCAGAUGGAACUGCUUUAACUCGGCUCCGCUGUAAAUACACCUGGGUUGGGGCUGGGUGCUUAAGGAGGACCCAGACUUGCUUUGUGAGCUGAAUGUACUUUUAUGCAAUUUUGAGUGGCCUUUCAACCCUGAGAUGAAUGAUUUUGUUUUACUGGUUGUGAUUAUAUAGUAUUAUUAUUAAAUAUUCUGUGUUUGAAAGUUUGGGAAUAAUAUUCACAUCUGUAUGAUGCCUGUAAACACAACAGUAUUUAUAAAUGAGUAAAUUAAACCGUGUUUUAACUUUG